AUGUUGGACUUGAGUGCUCCCAUUAUCACAUCGUCAACACGUUAUUUAUCUUCGAAACAAAAUGACGGUCGUUCAAUUCCAGAAGCGGAAAUUUCACCUGACUGUGGACCUUCAAUCAAUUCAGAAGUGAACAUGUGGCUGCCACUGACAAUUGUAUUCUCAACAGUCGUAUUCAUUUCGAUAGUGGUUUGUGCUAAAAAGAAAAGGACGUCGAUAAUGGAGCCUGUCCAUGACUCAAAAUUGAAACAUGAAUCGGAGGCACAUGAUACAGCUGAAAAGAUCCGGUCUCUAGAGGGCAGCAAUAUGUCCAGAUCCGCAGACGCACGUCAUCCUGUCGUGGCCGCUCCUCCUCCUCCACCACCACCACCUGCUCCACGUCCAGCACCGCUACCACCACCUCCACCACCACAACCAGCACCAGUACCGCUACCACCACAACCUGUGCAGCUACCUCUAGUUGAAGGGGCUGGAGACGACGUUGGAUACGAGUCAUGCCCAGAUAUGACACCAGAGGAAUUGGCAAGAGUACUGCAGAAGAGUGCAAAUUAG